UUCGCGGGCGGCCGCGCGGCCCCUCGCGCAAGUGGGCGGGCCUCCUGCUGCAAACGGCGAGGCGCUGCGGCCACUGGCCUCUCUUCCCCGCCCCCGUUUGUGAUUACCCCGUUUCUAGGGCAGGAAGUUCCUCCCCACCAUAAUUCAUUUCUUCCUUUUUUUUCAGAUUAUAUUAAUCUCAUCCUGAGUAAAUCCAGUUUUUCUUUGUAAAGUCUGCCCGAUCAUUAACUGCUUCCCUAGCACUCGUUAUUUGGAGCAAUGAAGCUACUUAGGCAGCACCUAGUGCUGUACUUGGAGUUUGACAGCCUCUAACAGGUUUCAUAAAGUAAUGCCCAUCCCCCCCCCAGGAAAUUACAUUUGGCAUUCAUUCUCCUGAGACUCAAGGGUUUUUUGUUUUGUUUUGUUUUUUGUUUUUUUGGCAAAACUGUUGAUUCUCACAGGAUUUUGUCAAGUGUGUAAAGCACACUUUGGGAUGACAGAUUUUAAAAGCUGAAAGGGGCCUACCAGGAAAUCCAGUUCAUCCUUCUGUUUUACAGACGAAGACACCCCGUCUAAGGAACGCGUAGUUUGAAUCUAAGCCCUACACCUUUUUGAGUAACUGGACUCCAGGGUUCCAGGCCUUGGGCCCUCCACCACACCAGGAGCGCAGUGCCAGUUUAACCCACUCCCUGUAGAGACCAUUUGCCAGAGAGCCACAAUGGACACAGCUAGCCAUAGCCUUGUCCUUCUGCAGCAGCUGAACAUGCAGCGAGAAUUUGGUUUUCUGUGUGAUUGCACAGUUGCCAUUGGAGAUGUUUACUUCAAAGCCCACAGAGCAGUGCUUGCUGCUUUUUCUAACUAUUUCAAGAUGAUAUUCAUUCACCAAACAAGUGAAUGCAUAAAAAUACAACCAACUGACAUCCAGCCUGACAUAUUCAGCUAUUUGUUGCACAUUAUGUACACGGGGAAAGGGCCAAAACAGAUUGUGGAUCACAGUCGUUUGGAGGAAGGGAUUCGAUUUCUUCACGCCGACUACCUUUCUCACAUUGCCACUGAAAUGAAUCAAGUGUUCUCACCAGAGACUGUGCAGUCCUCAAAUUUGUAUGGCAUUCAGAUCUCAACGACCCAAAAAACAGCCGUCAAACCAGGGCUGGAGGUCAAAGAAGCUCCUUCCAAUAACAGUGGAAACAGAGCUGCUGUCCAGGGUGACCACCCCCAGUUGCAGCUCUCUCUUGCUAUUGGGCUGGAUGAUGGCACUGCAGAGCAGCAGAGGGCCCAUCCUGCUGCCCAGGCCCUGGAGGAGCACCAGAAACCCCCAGUGUCCAUCAAGCAGGAGAGAUGUGACCCAGAAUCUGUGAUCUCCCAGAGCCACCCCUCACCCUCAUCAGAGGUGACAGGCCCCACUUUCACCGAAAGCAGUAUCAAAAUACACUUAUGCCAUUACUGUGGGGAACGUUUUGAUUCCCGUAGUAACCUAAGACAACAUCUCCAUACCCAUGUGUCUGGAUCCCUCCCAUUUGGUGUCCCUGCUUCCAUUCUGGAAAGCAAUGACCUUGGUGAAGUGCAUCCACUUAAUGAAAAUAACGAGGCUCUUGAACGCCACAGGCUCAGCUCUUUCAUUGUCAAGGAGAACGAGCAGCAGCCUGACCGCUCAAACCAGGGUGCCACAGAGCCUCUGCAGAUCAGUCAAGUGUCUUUGAUCUCCAAAGACACAGAGCCAGUAGAAUUAAACUGUAAUUUUUCCUUUUCAAGGAAAAGAAAAAUCAGCUGUUCCAUCUGUGGUCAUAAAUUUCUCCGAAAAAGCCAAUUGCUAGAACACAUGUAUACACACAAAGGUAAAGCUUACAGAUACAACCGAUGCCAAAGGUUUGGCAAUGCGUUAGCCCAGAGAUUUCAGCCGUAUUGUGACAGCUGGUCUGAUGUCUCCCUGAAAGGUUCUCGCUUGUUACAAGAACAGUUAGAUUCAUCUUGUGCCUUAGAGUCAGAGCUCACGCAAGAAAAUGUGGACACUAUCCUUGUGGAGUAGCAGUUUCUCCUUCAUAAUUUUUAUAUCCAUUCUAAAAAAAAAUCACAUGUAUUUUUAUUCAUGGAUUAUUUUCCUCUUCACCUUCUAUUAACUUUUUACCAGUUAGCCAUAGUUUUAAGGUUGUAUGUAUAGUAGGUCUAAUUAUUGUAAGAUAUGUUAUACAUAUGGCUUUUAAAAUGUAACCUUCAAGUAGAGCUAUGGACAUUCAUAAAUCACAAUUUAGAAAUCAGAAAUCAAUGUAGGAAUUAUGGAACUUGAGACCAAAUAGUUAUUUAUAUAAUUUCUAAGUUGUAGAAUCAGUAAAAACCAAAUUGAAAAUGAAGUAAAUGAAAUUGUUUUUAAAGAAUAUCCUACACUAUUAUUUUAGGCUAAUUUUUCACAUGAAUAUGCCACUAUGAAGACUAUUUAAAACUAUGUUCUGCCAUAUAGGAAGUUAUUUUAAUGCAUAGCUAUAUGUUAUGAUGUAUACAAAUUUUGUUUUAUGGUAUAGCUACAUAUUAUCAUAAGUAGUUUUUAUUUUUUUUCUUUUUCUUUUUUUUCAUAAGUAGUUUUUAAAUCACUUUUUACUUAUUAGCUCUGCAGCAUCUUAUAUGGCUUUUAUUUAUUUCUUGACAUUGAGCAUACCUCAUUUUUAAUUAAAAAUAUUUUAGUGAAAAGAGAGAAAGGGAGAAGAUUCAGACAUUAAAAUAAAAUCCCAAGGAGAGAGAAAUAGGAAUAUACAUACAGAUAGAUAAACACAGAGACAGAAGUUGAAAUAGGUCUACACUAAACCCGGUAUUGUUACCUUAUUGUAGAGCAUUUCCUUAACAACCAUAAGAGCAAUUAGAGUUGUUUGUUUGUUUGUUUGUUUUUUUAUGACCAUCAGUUUAAAGAGGAAAAUGGUAAAAUAGAAAUUAUCUUUCUACUCUUAGUGUCAGAGGAUUUUCUAGGCUGCCUCAGUUGAUGUUAAUUUUCUAAGUAUCACUUGAAAAAGUAAUUUUUCAAUGACACAGUUUUCUUUUUUUUUUUCUGGCCCAUAAAACCAGCAGAGUAGAUACAGUCAAUGUCCUAGAAUUAUGUCUAAAAUCCAUGAUAGCUUUCCCUUUGUGAAUAAACUUAGCUCCCUUUUAUAGCAGUGAAACUUAACACAGCUAAAACAUCAGAAAAAUUAAAAUUGAGGGACUAAAUGAUAGAUUCUCCUGCUUUAUGUAGCUGGGGAAAAAGCUGGUCAAAGUUCACCACAAAGGAUAGAUCUAAAUUGUUCCUGAAAUGUUUAAAUUUCAAAGAUUAGUCAAGAAUAACAAAAGAGAAAAGCUUUAAAACAGUCUCAUCUUUCUUGUAUGCUGUCCUGUUCAAUUCAAAGCCUCACAGACAUGUUUAAAAAUCUGGCUUGUGAGGCUUAGAAAUUAUACAGAAACUCAGAGCUCCUUCAUGACUGCAUCCUUCUGAGGACAUCUGACAGUGUCAGGGUUCAGGUUAGAAGGGAGCUCAAAGAGUAAUCUAGCUUAGUCUAAGGGCACAAAGGUUUUCUGUGGGUAAACAGGUUAGGUGAAUUAUGAAAUGAUAAGUUUUUCUUGAAAGCUGAAUGAAGAAACCACAGUUGAGUUUCUGCCUCAGACAAGUAACUAAAACUUCUUGGGGUCAAGAUUGAGAUGUGUUGAGAAAAAAAUCUAGCUAUUGAUAGAGGAUCAAUUAUAUUGGGAGUGGCUAAAAACAAAUGUGUUACACUUUGGAGUCAGAACUUCCUUGAAUCUUAAGUCAUUCUAGCAAUUGUGCAAAUUUAUACUACCCUGAAAGAUUUCAUCUCCUAGGAUGAACACAAAUAUUGACAUUGAUGUCAUUAUUUUAGGCUAUUCAGGAUAUAAUCCCUACCCUUCUUCAAGUACAAUUUUCUCAUCAGUAUAACAAAUUUUCUGAUUUCUUUCUUCUCUGUUCUUUCCUUCUUGCUCAGUCAUUAGACCUUGACAUAAGAAGUAUGUAGUUAAAGGGUGGGAUUGGGGUGCACAUGAGUUGAGGGGUAGGGCAGCAGUUCAGGGUAGAGUCUGGAGAAAUUGUAAGAGUUUGCUGUGGCUGAGGGGCCAUAGCAGACAACAUUAAUUUAAAAGUGAAAUAUAAAAAAAAAAUGUGAAAUAUAUCUACAUUUGUUGAGUGUUAAGAAUGUGAUGGUUAGCUAUAUUUUUAUCCUUAUUCAUAUAGUUCCUUUUAAUAUUAUAAAUUCAAAGCCAAUGUUCUUUUUUUAGUCUUCAUAAUAUUCUGUUUUAGGAUAUGGAAAAAUGUUAACUCCAUUUUAUAGGAAAAAAGUCCCAAGAAAUAGGUUCCAGAUAGCCAGUGAAUAGCGAUGUUGGGACUGACCCCAGUUACAUUUUUUACAUUCAUUCAGCAGACAUAUAUUUUUAAAAUAGCUGUUACAUGAUCAAUGCUGUGCCCUGAGUGUAAUUUUUAAAGACAUGGUUCCUUACUAAGAAAAUCUGCUUGUAUAAAAAAAGUCCUUCAGGCUAAGCCCUUUAGUUUGGAUCAUGUCAUCUACAAAAUGGAGCUAUAAUCUUAACCAUAUAAUAACGGUUUGCAUAAUGAUUACCAAGCUCUUCAAAUGGGAAAUGCUAUAUGCACCUUAAUCAGUGUGUUAGGCAAAUACUAAAAAGACAUUUUCUUCUUGAAUCAGAUUAGAAUUUUCCCUUCUUUACUGAUCCUACAUAGAGUUGUUUUCUGGAGAGAAACAGAUUUGUUUCAGUAUUUGUCCCGAUUAGCGUAUUGUCACAACUCUGGAACUUGUAAGUGUAGUUUGCCUUAUAAGGGAACCAAAAUCUCUUGAUUUAUGUGUUUUAAGAUUAUUAUUUCUUGCUCUGCUUUUCUGAUUUCCCAUUAAGUGGAUGUAAGCAAUACCUACCUCACAGGGGUGUUGUGAGGAUUUGUACUAAAAUUGUGUUAAGUUUGGGGCACCUGAGUGGUUCACCCAGUUUUGAUUUUGGCUUAGGUCAUGGUCUCAGGGUCCUGAGAUUGAGCCCCACGUUGGGCUCCAUGCUGGGCGUGGAGCCCGCUUAAGAUUCUUUCUCUCCAUUCCUCUCCCUCUGCCCUCUACCCCCUUCUCUAUAGAAAAAAAAAAUGUGUUAAAUUCUCUUAGUAUUCUUAAUAAAAACCAACCAUAUAAAGAAAAUUACAUGUAUUCUAUGGCUAAACCUAACCUGGAUCCUAACCAGGAUUCUAACCCGUAAACUCUUAGAAUAUCUUAGAAUAUACUAUUUAAUACUCAAUUGACACAAUUCUUAUUUUUAUUUUUAAGAAAUAUUCUAGAGAGAGCAAUGUUGCUGGAAUUCCUUUUCUACUGUAGUUUAACCACCUGUUAAAGAAGGAUAUUAGUCCUUUGGCAUUAUAGGGAAUAAAAUCUUUGCAUUUCAGCUUCAUGGAAAGUUCCCCCAAAUGUAUUGUUUACGCAUGGAAAAAGGAAAAGAAAGCAAUGGAGAAAAUAUCAUUUUCUUUAGAUCAUCUAAAAAGUAAAUGGGGACAAGAAAUAGAGUGGGGAUAAUAACAUUGUAAUUCAUUAUUGGAAGUAAUUCAUAAUGGAAAAGCCUCACUUUAAACUGAAGGAAAUACAUAUUAAUCAUGGAAAAAGAGGCUGGAAAAUGGUAUUUCCAUGUUAUCUGCACAGGCAAAAUCUUACUGUUGUAAUCAAGAUCCUUGAUAAGUGUCAUUUUUUUAUAAGUGUCAUUUUUUAGUAGUAAUUGAGGUAAAAUAAGUCACAUGAAAAGAUUUCAUAAUGAGAUCUGUGUCUUUGUAUAUUUUAAACUAAAUGUAGCCCUGUUGUAUUUUAUUAUAAUUAAUUUUUAAAUUCCUAAGAGUGAAAUCAACAAAUGAUUGUUCUCUGCUGGACUUCCAUGUUUGUAUGGUUGGACUUUUUGAAAACUGGUAAGAUUAUACAGUCCCAAGUGUGGAUGUCUUAAGUACAAGGAAUCACAGACUGAGAUUUUUGUCUUCAAGACCUGGAAGGAUCCAUUGUGCUUCAGGAUGCAUCUGUGCUUAGUAGGUAGUGCUCCAACGCAUUUGACAUUAACUGCCAUUAACUCUGCUAUUUUGUGCCAAAUAAAGUCAUUUAGUCAGACUAGAUAAAAUAUCAACUUAAAAUCAUUUCAAAGAAAUGUGGAUUUCAAAAACAUGUGCAAUUUAAAAAAAAAGGUCCAGUGAAGAAAUCUUCCAAGUACAAGUAACACAUGGCAAAUAUAGGAGAUUGUGGUGAAUGGUGCAUUGUAUGGUUGAACUCUUCCACCUUGUGUGCUUUGAGUUUGCUUCAGAAACAUUAUUUUAGAAAGUUUUGUACCCUCUAUUUGGAAUGAAAACAGUGGAUUUUAUGUAUUUUAUCAUGACAAAUAAAUUGUGACAUGACCAUAAACAAAACCUUUUUUUAGUCUAGCUUAUACAUAGUGU